GCCUUGCGGAUGAAUUAGUUGGCAUUCUGCGGCUGUGCGCAGGGUAAGUUGGGCGCUCCAGGGGGACGAAAUGUUGGGGGUGGACGGAGUCACGACGCGCCACGCAACGCGGCUCGUCAUGACCCUGAAGUGAAUCACGCAGGGAUUUCUUUGCUGACGUGAAAUUUUCUGCGCGGCUGCGGGUGUUUGAGUAUUUACAGACAUCUGUGUUUGGUUCCCUCCACAUCAACACUUGAUUUUCUUCUUCUUUGUUUGAAGAGGUGCAACAUUUCAUUCAGAACUUCCUUUGUUUUUUGAUUUGUUUUCUGUUUUAAUCCCUGCGCGCACAUAAGACGCGCCGCUCUGUUCUUCCUUACUUUCUUUCUUUCUUUUGCGGAUGAUUUUUAUGCGCACACGCAGCUCCAUGCAUCCCGCACCUGUGGACGCUCUUUGUGUUUCGUGUUUUUGACGCGCUCUCUCCCACCCCGCACGGAGCGGUGAGUCGGAUGCGCGGCGGCUCUCCGGUCACAUUCAGCGCCGCAGCGGCCGCGAUCAGCUGCGUGUGGAUGGGCUCUGCGCCUGCUCCCCGCGCCUCCCGCACCUCCUAACCACCGGCGACAAAUGGCAUCACACGGCUUCUGGUCCCUCGGCGGGGAAAAUGCGGAGGCCAACACCGGGAGUCAAAGCCCGAGCACCCCCAGGGCUUGGUGCCAAGCAGCUGCCCAGAAAUUAUCCGGAGGAAUUGGAUCAAAAUUAUAUGCGCUGCUAAAUGUCGGAGAAGGGGAGAAACCCGCCGAGCCGGCCGCCAAGCAGCCGCCGCAAACCGCUGCGGGAAGCUGCGGCUGCAACAAAUCCUGCACCUGCACCAAAGGCACCGAUGUGGGUUUCUCAGACCUCUACUCAACAGACCUGCUGCCUGCCAUGGACGGAGACACCAAAACGAUGACCUUCCUGCAGGAGGUCGUGGAUAUUUUAAUGGCCUACAUAGUCGAGUCGUUCGACCGGGAAACGAAAGUGAUCGAUUUUCAUUAUCCCAACGAGCUGCUGCAGCUCAACAACUGGGAGCUGCAGCACGAGCCGGCCACGCUGGAUGACAUCUUGAUCAGCUGCCGCGCAACUCUCAAAUACGCCAUCAAGACAGCGCACCCCAGGUACUUCAAUCAGCUCUCCACAGGAUUAGACAUGGUCGGGCUGGCAGCCGAUUGGCUCACAUCCACGGCCAACACCAACAUGUUCACCUAUGAGGUGGCGCCUGUGUUUGUGCUGCUGGAGUACGUCACCUUGAAGAAGAUGAGGGAGAUCAUUGGUUGGUCGGACGGGCGAGGAGACGGCAUUUUCUCACCCGGGGGUGCUAUUUCCAACAUGUACGCUAUGCUGCUGGCCCGCUUCAAGAUGUUCCCUGAAGUGAAGGAGAAAGGAAUGUCGUCCGUCCCCAAACUGGUGGCCUUCACAUCCGAACACAGCCAUUUUUCCAUCAAAAAAGGAGCGGCGGCACUGGGCAUUGGGACUGAAAGUGUGAUCUGCAUCAAAGCAGACGAAUGCGGCAAACUGGUCCCCGCCGACCUGGAGAGGAGAAUACUGGAGGCGAAACACAAGGGGUUUGUACCGUUCUUUGUGAGUGCGACAGCUGGGACAACAGUGUACGGCGCCUUUGACCCGCUCAUCGCCAUCUCUGACAUCUGCAAAAAGUACAACGUCUGGUUCCACGUGGAUGGAGCGUGGGGAGGGAGUCUGCUCAUGUCCCGGAGGCACCGGUGGAAACUGGACGGCGUUGAGAGGGCCAACUCUGUGACCUGGAACCCUCACAAAAUGAUGUCCGUCCCCCUGCAGUGCUCCGCCCUGCUCGUCAGAGAGGAGGGUUUGAUGCAGAGCUGCAACCAGAUGCACGCCUGCUACCUCUUCCAGCAGGACAAACACUACGACCUUUCCUACGACACCGGGGACAAAGCGCUGCAGUGUGGACGCCAUGUGGACAUCUUUAAACUCUGGCUGAUGUGGAGAGCGAAGGGAACCAUCGGCUUCGAAGCCCAGAUUGACAAAUGCUUGGAGCUGUCGGAGUAUCUGUACAACAAAAUCAAAGACAGAGAAGGAUACCAGAUGGUUUUCGAUGGGAAGCCUCAGCACACCAACGUCUGCUUCUGGUACCUCCCCCCGGGGAUCCGCUACAUGGAGGACAAAGAGGAGAAGAAGAAGCGCCUUCACAAGGUGGCUCCAGUCAUCAAAGCCAGGAUGAUGGAGUACGGCACCACCAUGGUCAGCUACCAGCCGCAGGGCGACAAGGUGAACUUCUUCCGCAUGGUGAUCUCCAACCCUGCUGCUACCUUCGAGGACAUCGACUUCCUCAUCGAGGAGAUCGAGCGACUCGGCCACGAUCUAUAAGACUCGUCUCGCCAAAUCCUCCUGUACUUUCCCCCGUUGAUGGAUGAAAUGUUUGUCAUGAAUGUACCGGUAACCAUUUUCAUUUCUCUUUUUUCCUGUAAAGUCUAAUAUUUAAGAGUAUAUUUAAGAAGAAGAAACAAAGAUGUAUUAAUAUAUUAUGUACUGCAGCUUUUUCUGUGGACUGACUUGGUCCAACGCUGUGUAAAAGUGCUUCUGUCCGCCUUUCUUAUGGUGUAGUCGCCGCAAGAUUAGUGUAAUCAAUGUGACUUUAUAUGUACUUUUUGUGCUAUGAAAUGCUUGUGCAAUAAGUCGGUGAGGGAGAUCUGAGAUUUUUGGAUCACUUCUCAUUCGCAGAGUUUGUUGUUAAGUGCCAAAUGUUGUUGUGUUCUAUCGUAACAUUUUAAAUUUUAAACAAAGAAAGCACUAAUCUUUACCUCAGCUUAAUUAACUGCCUGUACAGCAGUGGGUGGAGUCCAGUCCAGGAAGCUGUUUCAACUAAAAUGUAACGUUUAAAUUGUACACUGUUCUGGAUAUCACUUUGUUUUCCUCUGGAGACAAAAACAGACAAGAUGAAAACACAAAACUGCCCAACAAGGCCAGCAGGUGGCGCUAAUGUCACCAUGAAUUACCUUUAAUGUUUUGGGUGAAAUUCUGAGCAAAUUCCACUAAAAUUGGAACCAUUUAUUUUUUAUUUCUCAAUGGAGCCAAAAGGACAAAGUUUGUUUGUCCCCUACGUAAUUUAGUACUUUUGCUUAGUUAAGAGUCAUCUGCCGUAAGGUGUUUUAAAACUAUCAAUUCCUUUUGUUUUGGUGACAAAAGUAAAUUUAUACAAACCACAAAAUACGACUGCAAUAAUUAAUAUCUACCAGCUGGAGGCCAAUUAUAGUAACAGGUUUUGAAAAUGGUUGUAAUCUCUAAUAUUCCAAAAAGAGUCGGCUGGCAUAAAUGUUAAUCAGAGCAACAGUCAACAGAAAUGGAGGUCAAAAUAUAAUACACAGAAAAUAGUGCACAACAAAAAUGAUUAAUGAGAUUUAAAUGUAUUUAUGAUUGCUUAUACCCAUAACAUACCAGCAAAAGUAAAAGCACUGAUUAAAUACAUGUGAGCAAAUGGUUUUUAUGGGUAUAAAAUGGCAACAAAUAUGGUCAAAAUAAGGUAAAAAAAAUUGAAACUAGAGGAAAAUGUCCCCAGCUCAUUUAUUGCACCGUAACUAAAAUAGAGUUCUGUUUACUCUAUGUA